AUUUUUGACUCGUGAUAUCCAUAGAAAUACCUACAUUAGACAACCUGAAUCUCCUCAAUCAUAUGAAUAUUUUUAUUAUUUGAGUAUGUUGCGUUGUUUUCAAAAAUUAUUUAUAGGCGUUCCUAAAUAUCAAUACUUCAGAAAUUGUGGUAUCACAGCGAGUGCUACGAAAACGCACCUUAAACAGUUACCUAAAUGCCUCAAAAAGAUUGCGCUACCUUAUCAUGAAAAUUCAACAGUAAUUUUCAGAAUAUGGGGUAUAAGUAUCUUAACAUGGCUCGGUUUCACGUCUGAAGAUGAAGGAAAAGAGUCGGAAUUAAUAAUGACAUUAAAAAGAGCUGUGCUUUGUAUGAAAAGAGAACAGUACAAUACAGCAGAGCAAUUAUUACAUAUUGCAUUGAAAAUAGCACAGGAACAGCAAAAUGAACAAGGAAUUGUCUAUUGUUUUGAUCUGAUGGCUAAUUUAGCAUUUGACCAGCAAAUCCUUGAUAAGGCAGAAAAGUUAUUUGUGACGGUGCUACAAAUUUUAUUGAGCAAAGGUACAAAACAAGACGAUCUCAAAGUGAUACAUAUUAGUCUUAAACUUGCUAGGAUUGCUCAGUUGAGAGCUGACCUGGAGAAGGCUGAGUUGGGUUACGAGUGGUGUCUUGAAAAAAUAAAAAACCAAAGAAAUGAUGAUCUAGACACUGAAAUACUUUCUGGUGUGAUACAAGAUUGGUACGCCCAAUUUCUACUGGAUAAGGGGGAUAAUCAAAAAGCCUUAUUCUAUCUCAAAGAAGCAUAUAGAGUAUGUGAAAAAACAAUGGGUGCAAAUAAUGAGAAAUCCAUGCUUCUUCUGAAUGAUCUAGGCAUAACAAGCUUUAGAGCUGGAGAUAUAGCAAAUGCUGAAAUUUUUUUGAAUGAAGGUAUCAAAAUUGGGCAAAAAGUUGAUGAUCAAACACAUGUAGGUGUGUUACAUGCAAAUCUAGGACUUGUAUUACUGCACAAAGGAAUUGUCGAGAAAGCAAAAACAUUGUGUAAAGAAGCUUGGAGUUUAGGUAAAAAGAAUAUGAAUAAUGAGACUAUGGAGCAGGCAAAUUAUUGUUUUGAACAAAUAAAGAUGAAUUUGGGGAAUAAAUAAGAAUAAUUCAUAUAAAUUUUAUAUUUUAACAAAUAUUACUAAUUACGAUGUGAUAUAGUGAUUAAAUAAUCUUACAUUUUA